CUAUCGUGCCCUAUAAAUCUAUGUCGGAGGUUUUAAAUUUAGCUCAAAGAUACGAUAUCCGGUAAUGAUUUUCUCAUCGUAACACAGUCAUCCGACAGUGUGAUUUAAUUGACCAACAUUGCUAUUGAAUGGACGAGAUACGAUGGAUUUUGAUCAAGAAGGAUUUAUUGACUGUCAUACACAUCUCGCAGACUCUAUGUUCGAACAUGACAUCCAAAAUGUUGUGGACAAUGCAAGGAGAUCCGGUGUGAUUGCUGCAUUGGUAUGCACUGUAACACCUUCGGACUUCCCAUUAGUUUUGCGGUUAUGCGAUCAGUAUCCCGACAUAUUGGCCCCGUGUUUAGGUAUUCAUCCCGUUCAGAAAGAUUCUAAUGGGGAACAGCGAUGUGUCACUCAAAGCGAUUUGGAUGAAGUUGUAGCGGAGAUAGAAAAAUAUGCUGACAAAAUAUGUGCCAUUGGGGAGGUGGGUUUGGAUUUCCAGCCACGCAUUACGCCUGAAACUAGUCUGAAGGAUUCCCAGAGAAGCGUGCUGAAAGCUCAGGUUGACUUGGCAAACAAACAUAAUCUACCAUUAAACGUACAUUCCCGAUCUGCUGGAAAACCAACGAUAACUGCUCUGAAAGAGUUCGGUGCAAGAAACGUUCUACUGCAUGCUUUUGAUGGGCGACCCAGCACAGCAAUGGAAGGUGUUAAAGAGGGUUACUUCUUCUCGAUCCCGCCUUCCAUCGUACGGAGUGAGCAGAUGAAACUUGUAAAGCAAUUGCCCAUAGAGAACAUGGUUUUAGAGACUGAUUGUCCGGGGUUAGGUCCUGUAAAAGGAGAACGAAAUGAACCAUCAAAUAUACAAAUUUCCUGUGACUACAUUGCCAAAGUUAAAAACUUACCUCCUCAGGAAGUGAAAAAAAUUACUUCACGAAAUGCGAUUUCGCUGUUUCCCAGGCUGAAAAGAAUAUUGAAGUAGUAUUGAAUGCUAUCAAUCAUUAUCAACAAUUUAUUCCUGUCAAAAUUUUGAAUCUUUUAAGAGUUUUAGACUCUGUAAUUCUUAGGAUUUAUUAAAAUGAAUAAACUGGCGAAAGUAAAA